AUGCAAUUGUUUGUAUCCUUAAAAAUAAUUGUCGAGGAGUACCAAAUUGCUGACUGGGCCUGCAGAUUCAUAGAGGAGUACCAAGCAGCGGUUGCAAGGCCCAGGGGAGACAACAGGGAAAGGGAUGUGAUCAGCAGAAGGACAGAAGACAAAAGGUGGGUACCGCCUGAUAAAGGGAUAUUCAAAAUCAAUGUAGACGCUGGGUUUGAUAGGAGCAGAAAGAUUUAUUCUACAGGAGUGGUUAUUCGCGACUGGGAAGGAAGAGUCAGGGUAACAGAAGAGAGGUGGUAUCAAGGCCAUCCAGAAGUUAGCUUAGGAGAAGCAUGCGCAAUCAGAAACGGUAUCAGGCUGGCAUAUGAAACAAAUCUAACUCCCUAUGAGAUCUCCUCAGAUUCUAAGGUAGCAGUGGAAAGUUUCAACAACACCAAUAUGCAAGGCAGUGAUAUGAGUCUGAUUGUGGAAGAUUGCUCUAAGUUAGAAGGAAGGAAUUUUUGCUUAGGUAUCUAUUUUGCUGGUAGGAAUACCAAUUUUGUAGCUCAUGAGUUAGCUAAGAGGGCUCUAGCCCAAUCUCAGGGUUGUCUGAGAAGGAUGGGGAAUGCCCCACCUGAAAUCCAUCAAUUUGUAAUGGCUGAUUUAACAUCUCCUGCUUAA